GACACUGUAUAUACCACUAGGUGGCCCGGAGAUGUUCGGUACCACGCUGGGUACCCGUACUGACACUCAUAUAGACAGGAUUUACUCUCUCAUCCGAACAUGAAAUUCAACUUAUAGAUUAGACUUGAAAUGAAACCAGCGUGCUUAGAGGAUCAUUGAUUGGAGCCUCACUGCGGAACAACCAUGGACGUCAAGCUUUGUCGCCCGUUGUUGGAUCUGCGCAUGCCCACAUUGGUGACCAAGGCGGCCUUUACACUACCCGCCUUGGAAGACAUGCCGCCUAUCCACAAGAAGCUGAGAGGCUUAAAGCGUCUUGAAGCAAGCCCUCCGCGAAGUCUGCGAGACUUGAAAAACAUUAUCACCACUGAACUGACAAGCGUCGGGAAAAAACUGUCGCGACUGGAACGGUCUUAUUACGGUGUUGGAAAGAGCGUGCAACAUGAAGUUGACAAAUACGUGAUGGCGAUAAAAGGAGCAAUGCGCAUGCUCACAAUUUUUGAUAUGUCUUCCGUAACAGCCAUUGAAAAUGCCAUAAAAUCCGGAAGUGACCCGAAGCGGUACAAAGGUGACCCAAACAACAUCACUCUGUUGAAAGAAGCCUAUGCCAAAGUGCUAACGUAUGUUCCUGACAAAUUCAACGAAAUCAUUGAAUACUGUAAUAGAAUUCUUACUGUACUGGAGAAAUAUUUUGUGAGUUUUUACGAUACGGACUCGGAUGUGUAUCUGGAGACGGCCGCGCACUACGAGGAACAGUUACGGACUUGGCAGAAGAGCAUCCGCGGGAGCUUGGAAAGGGUUCAUAAACUUCAGAGGGACUUCAAGGCCGGUAUGAUACAUUUCACAAUGUUCACUCCCCCAGUUGCAAAAUUUUGUAAAAAGAACGAAUGUGAAAAUGUCCCAUUUAUCCUAAUUUUCGCUGAUGCGUGUACGAACAUUCGGGCGGUAAUGACCGUGCUGAAAACGUGGCUUCAAGCAGACGAGAACUACCCUGUAUUCCUACGCAACGAUAUUGAUGAUAUGGAGAAACACAAGGAGGAAAAGGUCAAACUAAUGCGUGACAGUAAACAAAGGUUCCACGCUGUGACUUAUAAACUCAACCAAACCGAGAUCGAGUGGGAAAAGGCGGCAACAGAAGUGGACAACGUGAAAGAAAAAGAAGAGGCACUCCGAAUAGAGGCCGAUUACCUUAUAAACCUUAACGCGGAGUUACAGUCGGAAGUAGAAUUCAAAGUAUUUCGAAGAGACGAGCUCAAAAAGAACAUUGCUGAUUAUUCACCGGAAAACUUCAACGAGACGUUCGAUAUGUUGACCGAUGAAGUUCGAUUUGCUAAAGACAGAUUGCCUUUGGUCAAACGACAGUUAACCGCCGCCCAGUUUAAACUAGAAUGGGUGGCAGAGAAAAGGACAAGCUUGGCAAAAAUCGAAAAAGAAUUGCAACAGUUAAGGCGAGAUGCCAACGACGUGGAUCAAGGGAGACAACAACGCGAGGAGGAUGUUGAGAGACUUGUUAAGGCACUGGCACUGGCUAGACGUAUACACAGGUACAAAACCAGUACGGAUGUGGCGGAGAAGAUCUAUUUCUGUCUACCAAUAGGACAUCGACACCGAGCCCAAUCUCUUCAGUCGCUCACACCAAGCGAAGAUACCUUGACGAAGGUUUGUGUGACGAUAUCCCACUACAUUGAUCUGGAGUGGAUGGACCUAUAUCGGGAACUCCCAUUCUUCCCUAAACGAGGUAAACAGACGAUCGAGAAGGACAUCAGCGCCAUAAGUGUAGAGAGUGCCCGUGGCCCCCGUGAAAAUCGCACUCUUAUUGCACUGAACCGUUGGAGACGCCACCAUACCCGGGCAAAGACAGACGACAUAAUGGAAACGCUGAAAAGGAUAAGACGCUUGGACAUUUUGACGGAAGUAGACAAGAUCGUGAACCCUCCAAAGAUCGUGGAGGAGGUGAAAGAGACUUACGUACCCCCAUCAGUGGCACCGGAACUGGUCCCCUUUUAUAGAGAGGUAGAGCGGUAUGAUAAACUUCGGGCGGCGCAUAAAGUGAAGACAGGGCAUCAGUAAUUGGUUGCACCAGUAGUGCUGGAAGUUGAAUCGACACCGGAACCAGUACUAACAAAAACGUUACGUUAAAAACAUUUUACCUGUAACAUUACGUAACUAAUGAUAGCUUCCACUUAGACACACGUGCACUAGAUAACACAUGAAGUAUAUGCGGGGUGAGGGGUGGGGUGGUUUAGUAUACGUUUGUACAUGCAGUACUGUCUUCUAGAAGGUUUCGUUAUUGCUGACCCCUGGAUACUGUGUGAAUGGAAUGGUGAAUACACAAGGAACGUGUUCAACGGUGUAUCUUACGUCCACGUGCGGUCCUUUAGUUGGAUGAACAUGGGGAUCAUUUAUAGUUUAGUAUAUGUGUACAAAUAAUUCGAAGGUCAAAUUCAUUACAAUAUAUACAACAUGACCCUAUGACCUACAGGGAAAAUAAAUUGCAAUAUUUCCAAAGUAAUGCUGUCGUAGUAUACAUGACUAAUUGUAUUACAGUGUACACGUAGACUGUGUGAUCUAUAGAACAGCUUGUAUGACAGUAUAUAUACAGUGAUAUUUGUGUGAUCUCUAGGACAGCUUGUAUGACAGUAUAUACACAGUGAUAUUUGUGUGAUCUCUAGGACAGCUUGUAUGACAGUGUGUACAGAGUGAUAUUUGUGUGAUCUCUAGGACAGCUUGUAUGACAGUGUAUACACAGUGAUAUUUGUGUGAUCUCUAGGACAGCUUGUAUGACAGUGUUUACACAGUGAUAUUUGUGUGAUCUCUAGGAUAGCUUGUAUGACAGUGUGUACACAGUGAUAUUUGUGUGAUCUCUAGGACAGCUUGUAUGACAGUGUAUACACAGUGAUAUUUGUGUGAUCUCUAGGACAGCUUGUAUAACAGUGUAUACACAGUGAUAUUUGUGAGAUCUCAAGGACAGCUUGUAUGACAGUGUAUACACAGUGAUAUUUGUGUGAUCUCUAGGACAGCUUGUACGACAGAAUUUACACAGUGAUAUUUGUGUGAUCUCUAGGACAGCUUGUAUGACAGUAUAUACACAGUGUUAUUGUGUGAUCUCUAGGACAGCUUGUAUGACAGUAUAUACACAGUGAUAUUCGUGUGAUCUCUAGGACAGCUUGUAUGACAGUAUAUAUAAAGUGAUAUUUGUGUGAUAUCUAGGACAGCUUCUAUGACAGUGUUUACACAGUGAUAUUUGUGUGAUCUCUAGGACAGCUUGUAUGACAGUAUAUACACAGUGAUAUUCGUGUGAUCUCUAGGACAGCUUGUAUGACAGUGUAUACACAGUGAUAUGUGUGUGAUCUCUAGCACUUUACUGAUGUUGAGAAGGCCAGUUCGAUAUUACUGAAGCGUACCUAAAACAUUAUCACGAAGAUCCAUAAACGGACAUAGAACGAACCCUGCACGUGAACACCUCAUCCAUGACCUGUACAGAAAUACUACUAAAGGGAAGCAACUGGGAGAUUGGUUUUGGUAAACAUUUAGCUACAUUUUCUGUACAUGACUGAUAACAAUAUUUAUUUUUUAAUGUAUUUAUAUUCUUAAUAACAAUCACAUGAAAAUGACAAUGAAUAAAUGAAAAUAGU